GGCUCAGCCAGCGCCCGGGGUGUCGUCUCCCACCGCUGCCGCCGCCGCAGCCCGAUUCCGCCGGGCAGACCUGCCGGAAGAAGCGACGAGCCAAACUUUUCUUUGAGGAUUGCCGGGCGAGACCGCUCCUCGCCAGCGUAGCUGCUGCUUCACCAGCUCCCGGACGCCAGCGGGGCUGGGUUUGUGGCUUCGGAUUCCCACCCUCGGCGUAGCGCCGCGAACCCGCAGCACGCAAGACUCCUUCGAGAUUCCCAGGGUUCUCCCGGUUAAGGCGCUGAGGAGGCGGGAGCGGGGCUUGUCAGACUCCGUGGCCACGAGCGCGCAGACCCCCUUCCACGCAAAGCCCUCUUCCUGCAGUUUUCCUCCGGCUGCCAAAGUAACUUGGAGCGAAGCGGGGCGCAGUGCGAGGGCCCCGGGCGGCGGCGGAGCCGUGUGCAACCCGCGGCGCCGACGCUGAGCCAGGCCCGGCGGGCCAGUGUAUGUCUCCCCGCGACCGCGGCGCGCAACUCCCGGUGACUGUGCAGCGUGCGCCGCCGCCCGCCCCAACCCGCGCUGCCGCCGCCCGGCCCGGCGCGCACCUCCUUCUCCCGGGGUGACCGGCCAGCCGCCGCCCGAGACACAGCUUGGCACCCCUUCCCCCGCCCUCGCCGCCGCCAGCCACACACGCACGCUUCUCUCCAUCUUGUGAUUCCUUUUUUUCUCCAGAACCCUCCAGUGGGGGUGCGAGUUUGUCUUUACCCCCCCGCCCCAACACACACACCGCCUUCUUUUCUUCUUUCUCCUCCCCCUCCCCAGCUUGGUGUGCGCCCCUUUCUUUUCUUGCUCCUCUUCAUUUUUAUUUAUUCAUAUUUAUUUGGCUCUCGCUCUCUCACGCGCUUCCUCCUCUUCCCGUCCUCCCUCCCCCCGGAUUCCUGUUUUCUCCCCGGAGUGGCGCGUUGGGGGCUCCUCCGCUGGCCAGGCGUGAUGUUGCACGUGGAGAUGUUGACGCUGGUGUUUCUGGUGCUCUGGAUGUGCGUGUUCAGCCAGGACCCGGGCUCCAAGGCCGUCGCCGACCGCUACGCCGUCUACUGGAACAGCAGCAACCCCAGAUUUCAGAGGGGCGACUACCACAUUGAUGUGUGCAUCAAUGACUACCUGGAUGUCUUCUGCCCGCACUAUGAGGACUCGGUCCCCGAAGAUAAGACGGAGCGUUAUGUCCUUUACAUGGUGAACUUUGAUGGCUACAGUGCCUGCGACCAUACCUCUAAAGGGUUCAAGAGAUGGGAAUGUAACCGGCCUCACUCUCCAAAUGGACCGCUGAAAUUCUCUGAAAAAUUCCAACUCUUCACACCCUUUUCUCUGGGAUUUGAAUUCAGGCCAGGCCGAGAAUAUUUCUACAUCUCCUCUGCAAUCCCAGAUAACGGAAGAAGGUCCUGUCUAAAGCUCAAAGUCUUUGUAAGACCAACAAAUAGCUGUAUGAAAACUAUAGGUGUUCAUGAUCGUGUUUUCGAUGUUAACGACAAAGUAGAAAAUUCAUUAGAACCAGCAGAUGACACCGUCCAUGAGUCAGCCGAGCCAUCCCGCGGCGAGAACGCUGCACAAACACCAAGGCUACCCAGCCGCCUUUUGGCAGUCCUACUGUUCCUCCUGGCGAUGCUUUUGACAUUAUAGCACAUUCUCCUCCCGUCACCUGUCACCGAAAACAUCAGGGUCUUGGAACACCAGAGAUCCACCUAACUGCUCAUCCUAAGAAGGGACUUGUUAUUGGUUUUUUGGCAAAUGUCACAUUUUUGUUUUCUUUCUUUCAGCCUGAAUUCUAAGCGACAACUGGGUGUGGGGGGCGGAAGUAGUUGCUGCCUCCCUCACCCCAUCCCACCCCAGGCCCUUGCCCUUGACUUCUUGCACCCCUUCCAAAUUAAAUGGACUCCAGAUGAAAAUGCCAAAUUGUCCCAGUGACACCAUGGUCGUCAGCCCUGUGCAUUCUCCAAGAGCUCACCUCUGUUAGUGCACUGUGUCCGCAGUAUGCGGGCAGGAAGAAUAGUGGCAGAUGCAGCCGGUGACGGCGAGGCCCCGGAGGGUUUCGCUCUCCAUACAAUAUUUAUGCCUGUUCAUUCAAGACUGUAAGAUGAUCGCGCAGGGCAUCAUGUCACCAUGUCAAGUCCAGAGGGGAGGUAUUAAGAAUAGCUAUAAUAUUACACCAUUUCCUCUAGGAGUGUAUAAGUGAACAGGCUUCUAAAAGGUUGAGACUUUUUUUUUUUUUUUUAAUCUGACUGUCUUAAAGCAUUCUUGACAGUAAAACUUGUACUCUGGAAAAGAAGCCUUUUUUUUUAGGAGGCGGGUUGGGUGUUGGAAUGCUAGCACAGAGCAAGCGUGAAAACAGAAAACUGGGUUUGGUGGGGGUGUGUAUGCGUGAGUGCCUCUAAUUUUUUUGGUGACUGGGCAAUGCACACCAGGUUUGUUUUUUGAUUUUUUUUUUCUUUGAAUAUAGAUCACCAUGGUGCUACAACUUUUUUUUUUUUUUUUAAGCUCAAAGAGGCAUUUUUAUGAAUAAAGUGACCUUCCCCAAGGCUGACAAGCCAGGGUUGAUGAGUGCAUAAUGGAAUAGCUUUGGAUACUUCUCUGGGGACAGUAUGUAUCAAGAAAAGGAUGUCAGGCCAGAGGAGAUGAAAUUUGGCUUUGCUGGAGCACCAGUGUGCUGUGGCCUUUCCCCGACUCCCACUCCAGAACCCACGUUUUUCUCCACACUCCGCGCCUCUGGGGGCUCAGACACAAACCCCGUCGACCAGGAGAGUCAGUCAACACUAUUUGGGAGGGCUUAAGGGAAAUUUGGAAUAAAAAUUCCAAAGUUUGGAAUAAAAUAUUCAAGUGUUGAUUUUAUAUUCUUUCCCUUUCUGACACAGCCUGAAGCGUAGGGGGGAACAUGUGUUUAUCUGUGGGAGAUAAACAAGAUGGAGUCCCAAAGACUUUAACAAAAUAUUUUUUUAAAAAUCCACUAGAAUAGAAAAUACAUUAUUUAGAUAUACUUUAUGCUGAGAGUGAGUAUAUAUGCUUGUCCUAUUUAAACUUGUGAGAAAAAGUGGUAUCCCUUGAUACAUUUAGAAGUAUGGGGGCUAUCUUGUUUCAUUGUGGGGGUGGGGUGGAAGGAGACAAAGGGUGAGCCUGUUUCAGGAAAAGGCAUGGCCCACCAGGAAUGCUUCCAGUCUGAUGAGGAAAUGCACGCUUGGGGUUUCCUACUACUCAUGAGGCUGUCAGGAACUUGGAACACCAAAGCCUAGACAGGGCAAUGCGCCAGACCAAUGGAAAAGACGCCUAGUUUUGUUUUUUUGUGUUUUUUUGUUUUUUUUUUUUUUUUGCUAUUGCACAGUAGACAACACAAAACUACACCUUUCGAAACCAAACCAAAAAUAAAAUGUGAUGCUCUAAGAUGUGAAAAUUUGGAAGCAUUCCAGCAAAAUGAGGAUUUUUAUAUUUUUUAAACAUGUCUGUAAAAAAAAAAAAAAGAUGAGUCACACUAUGGACAGACUUUAUGAAUGGGAAUUUGCUAAGAGGUAUGAAUAGUUCAGAAUUGGAAAAAUAUGAGACUGAAAGGUAGCUGUAAAGAUUCUGCACCCUGGAGAGUUGUACACACGUUGAAAUGUAAUCUGGGUUUACCUGAUACAUUUGCAGUGGAAGUUACUGCUGGGUCUGUUCUUACUUGGAACCAUGUGAGUGGGGUUGCCAGCCUCAAAGAUACAAUCAAUCCUAUUCCCCCACAUCAGGAACUUCUCUGGAGUGGAGAGUGUUAUCGGUACUCUCAGUGAUAUCCAGUAAUACUUCUUUUUAUUAAUAGUUAUGGACUUGUUGAUCCAGUGGGAUUUGGGUAGAGGCAGGGAUACUUUCUAAAAUGGAUCAAUAGUCAGAACCAAAAUAAUACUGCAUGUUCUAUAACCACAAGGAAAUCAAAUGAUCCUGUACUGAUUCCAGUUAGUCAUAACUAUGUUAGCAGUGCUAAUUUCAUUUUAGAAAUGGUGACUUCUGUGGUUUUUCUAGCACUUGUCUCUAACAAAUGAUGAAAUAAUUACUCAUGGCCCUCUCUGCCAAUGUCUUUCAUUUUUCACAGUGAAAUUAGACCCCUUGACUUCACCGUUGUGCCACUACAAAUUAAGUAAAAAGAAAAAAAUUAGCAAGAACUCACCCCACCAGUAGACAGUGUGCUUCUCCACCUGUGACAUACUUGUAGGUAACACUUGCCACGGAAUUUUCUAAAGAAGAUGAUUGGUAUCAGAUAGUUUUCAUCUUGUCCAAAAGUGCUGGUGGCCUUUUUUGUUACAACCCUGGGGGGGCUUAGGAGGAUGUUGAUGCAACUUUGUAGCAGCUUUUACUUUUCAAAAAACAAUCAAAAGUCUGAAGGGCAGCCACAGCUGACUCUCAGCCCCAGUUAGUCAAACCCCAGCGACCUUUGCCCCUGGUUGCCAAGGGCUUUGCAACAUGAAGCAGGGAAAUAGGGAUCUGUCUGUUUAGUGGAUACCGUGUAUCCUUUAAUAGACCAGGUAACAGUUCGUGUUAGCUUAGACUAUUGUUUUGUACUGUACUUUCUUGGGUGGCAGAGGAAAGAAAAGUAAAACAUUAAAAAAAAAAACUGCGUUCUUUAAAUUCUGUAUUAUUAGCGACCUCUGUUGUAUAUAGUGUUUGAUAAUAAAGUAUUAAUUUGAUUCUUAUGUCUUUUGUAAGUGAGAACAAUAGUCUUUCAGGUACAAAACAUGCAUUGAGGCUUUGAAACAUCCAAUGUAUACGUGACUGAGAAAUGUCACGAACGGCCGAGACUCUGCUCCAUACAGGACUCGCACGUGGUCAUCGCCUUCCCAACCUUGACUCCAUCAUCUCGGGACCUGGGACAACAUGGCUUUUUUAGAUCAAUAUUUUGCCCUUACUGUUUUAAGGUCUGAUGUUGGAGCCCUGUGGUGCCCCUCCCACCCUCCACCCACAGCAAGUUGGUUUGCAAAAGGUUUAGGGAAUUUAGUAACGGUUCUGUACUUUGGUUUUUUAUUUGUGGUGGUUUUCACGGACUGUUUCAUUUCUCCCCAGGAAGAGACUUGCCAGUACCACAUGCAGCCCACGUAGGGGAAAGGUUGCAAACCAGUCUGUCUAGGAAGGUGAAAUGCAGGCUAUUUCUCAUUGUGUGACAUUGUAAAAGGAAGAAUCACCCAGUACCUGCGCAUUUGCAGGGACUGUUCUCUGGUACCUUAGCAACUGCAGCGGCCGCUGCCACUUUUGUUAGUUUGCCCACUGUUAGGAAAACAGUGGAAACACCUCCCCUCCAUUCAUUGCUCCCAGAACUGUGGUCACUAAUUUUCCUUUUGAAAACCACCUCCACCAACACCCCUGUUUGCCUACACCCCCUUUUAUUUCUUAUAUAUAUAUAUAUAUUUUUUUGUCUCUCGCCUUCCUCCCGCAUUUUUUUUCCUCUCAGAACCAUGAAUGGGCAGGUCUGUCUCUGGUUUGGCAUCACUGAGUUUUUCCCAUGCAUUUGCCCCAGAGCUGCUCGGAUGUGAGACAAAUCUCCCCACAAUGGGCUUGCUCCCAUUGUCUGUACAGUUUAAUAGAUGCUGGCAUGUUGGAGGUUACCCAUGAGUCAAAAUCCGCUUUCCAUGCUUACCCUUGACACCCCAUUGAAGCCACUCAUUGUGUGUGCGUCUGGGUGUGAAGUCCAGUUCCGUGUGGUCCUGUGCUUGUACUGCUCUGCUUUGCAGUUCCUUUGCACUUACUCAUCGAGUGCUGUUUUGAAAUGCUGACAUUAUAUAAACGUAAAAGAAAAUGUAAAAAAAAAAA